UGCCGGAAGUGGAAGUACAUAGCCGGAAGCAUGCGAAGAGUCAGCCGGCGACCCUGUGAGGAUGGCCCGCUGCUGGAGGAGCAGGAGACGGAGGGCCAGCGGCAGCUGCACAGCCUCCUGCUGCAGCAGCUCCACACUGACGUCGACAUCGACCGAUGUGUAGCCAAGAGGCAGUGCUUUGCCCCGGCGGCGCUCUAUCGGCCGUUUGGGGAGCAGGCAGCUGGAGUGAGAAGCCUCUCCCAGUUCCAGGCCCUGCAGGACGGGGAGCAGGAGCUGGCCAGCUUGCGGGAGCUGGGCCUGACCGACACAGAGAUCCUGCAGUGGCGGAGCAGAGACGUAUCGGAGGCAGCAGAGAAGUCUCACGGUGUGUAUGCAGCUCCAGGUGCGAAGCAGCAGCGUCUGCAGGUGAUCAGAGACAAGAUUGAAGCCAGGGCAGAGCUCCUGUCCCGGCCACAGCGUUUCGCCGCCAGCCAGCCGCUGUCACGCAGGGAGAUGGAGAUCGAACGAGCGCUCUUCCAGGGAACAGACCGCCUGGGUUUCCUCACUGCACUUUACCAUAGAGAUGAAGAUAACCAGGAGGGCCAGGAGAGGGCGCCGUCCUCUGAUCCAAUGGACUCUCUCUACAGGGACGUCCUCAGCAAGGACAGAAAACAAGCUUCAGACACAACCGGAGCAUCACACCUGUCUACACACAGAGUUAUAUCUGACCAAUCACCGGACUCACAGAAAUCACAAGAAGCCUCUGAACAUCUACCAGAACUGCAGGGUGAAAACUUGUCAAUACAGUCAAGUUCAGACCCCACAGAGCAGCAGCUCGCUCAGGACAGACCGGGCCAUCCGCCACCAGCCGCUCCAACACAGAUAAAUAUAAGCCAGCCAAUCGGCAGUCUGUGUGGAGCGGCGAAGGCGAGGUCAGGGAGACCGCUGACCGUCAGAGGGGAGAUUGAGACAAUCUCAGAUGAAGAAAUCCUGAAGAACCGUGAAUCUGAAGACGGGAUCCAGAGCAACCCGAGGUUCCGAAACUACCAGCCAGGAAAACCCUCCAAGGUGCUGUACGUAAAGAACCUGAGUGCACAGGCCUCGGUGGCCCAGUUGGUGGCGCUGUUCUCCAGGUUCGAGCAGGAGAACAAGCCGCCGGUACUCUACCGCCUGCUGACUGGAAGGAUGAAGGGUCAGGCCUUCAUCACGCUGCCAGACGCUGAAACGGCCCAGAAAGCCUUGCAGUUGGUCCAUGGAUACCGGUUGCUAGGGAAACCUUUGGUGGUUGAGUUUGGCCGUGAGCGACAGGAAGCAGAGAAACAGAAGGAGAAGAAAUAAAAAAACAGCAACACUGAUCCUCCAGAGUUGUGAAUAACAGGCUCAGAUGGAGCUGAUUGUAUAUUAUUUAUUUAUUCUGGAUAAAAAGUGGUCGUCUUUGGAUUUUAAUAAAAGUCUGUUUUCCACCAAA